CGUUCAAGUUUCUUCCACUUUCGACGGGUAGGUUUUUGCAGACGGAAGGUGAAAAUUUUCCAGAUUACGAAUUGCAAAAAUUGUACAUUUUAAUUAACUUAUUCAUCUGGUUUAAUUAAUUUUUCGAAUUGUGCUCUAUUCUGAUUAUAUAAAAAAGCUGCCAUUUGAAAGUAAAAAAGUUGAAAUUUUGCUUUGGAACUUUGGAAAGUUAUUGCGUGCUUGUCAACGUCGAAAGGUUGGAACUGCAGCGCAGCAGAGCAGCGGCAGCAGGCAAUACUCGCUCGGCAACGGAGCAACGUCGCGCUCGUUGUAAUUGUUUGCUUUACUUGAAUAUUCCAUUCGUCGACGAUUGUCGACCGACCGAAAGCAGAAAAACAUUUCUUAUAAUUUCAUUCGAAGAGUUUGGUGACUUAUUUAUUUGAAUUGAAUUGAUACGCGAGUCAUACAGUGAAACAAUUAGAAUCCAACAUGAGUGGCGGAUUACCGGAGUUGGGCUCAAAGAUCAGCCUAAUUUCGAAAGCUGACAUUAGAUAUGAAGGCCGCUUGUAUACGGUGGACCCACAGGAGUGUACAAUUGCCUUGUCGAGUGUGCGCUCCUUUGGCACGGAGGAUCGUGACACCCAGUUUCAAAUAGCGCCGCAAUCGCAGAUCUACGAUUAUAUUCUAUUCCGCGGCUCCGACAUCAAGGACAUUCGCGUUGUCAACAAUCAUACGCUGCCGCACCACAAUGAUCCGGCCAUUAUGCAGGCCCAGCUGCAGAACGGUCCCCAGGUGAUGCCCCAACAUUUCCCAAUGAAUGCACCGCAACAACAGCAGCAGCAACAACCGCACUCUGCUCCAUCGAUGACUGGUGGCAGUGGAGGUGCCUCGGGAGCACCAGGCGGUGCCUUCGGAAAUGGCAACCCCUUUGGAGCCUUGGGUGCUCCUAGUCUAGGCCCGGGAUCUUUGGCGCCUGGUGCCGGUGCACCUGGCAAUGGUCCUUUUAUGAACAUUGGUGGUAAUCAGCAGCAGCAACAGAAGCCUCAACAGCAGCCAAAACAACCAAUUUCCGUUUUAGAUAUGCUGGCGAGCGCAUCGCGUUCAACAACGCCUAUUAGCCUGAUUAUCAGUCCGACGGCCGACAUGACCCAGCAGCACAACCAGCAGCAGCAACAACAACAGCAGUUGCAUCAACAGCAGAAUUCUGUACAACAAGCUCUCGGUGGUGGAAAUGCGCGCGAUGCCGGACAUAAGCGCCAAAACCACCAGCAGCAACAACAGCAGCGAUCUGGACCGAACAUGCAACAGCAGCAGAGGAACAACAACCACAACAAUGAUUUCUUCAAUCACGCCCACCCACAACAACAGCAGCAGCAGCAACAACAACAACAGCAGCAAGGAGGUGGACAACGCGAUCGUCGUGAUUCUGGCCGUCAAAUGGAUAAUAAUUACAACAAUUACAAUAACAAUCAACGCAACAAUCGCGGUGGUGUUGGAGGUGGCAACAAUGCCAUGCAACAGCAGAGAGGCGCUGGAGGAGGAAACGCUGCAUGGAACAUGCAUCGUGGCGGUCCACAGAAUUCCAACAACAUGAUGAUGCGCGGUAACCGCGGAAUGGGAGCACGUGGCCCAACGCGAUCCAAUCAGCUAUUUCAGGGCUAUCGCAUGCAGUCGGCUAAUCAAAAUAGACCUCGCAACAAGAUCAAGUUUGAGGGCGACUUUGAUUUCGAGCAGGCCAAUAAUAAGUUUGAGGAACUUCGUUCCCAGUUGGCGAAACUCAAGGUGGGCGAAGAAGCCAACAACAAAACCAAUGCUACUACUACAACCACAUCAACAACAACAACAACAACAUCAAAUACUACAACUUCUGCCAAUACUGAUCAGUUGAAUGGUGAGACUGAUAAGAAGGAUGAUUCUGGCAACGAGACCGGCGCUGGAGAGCAUGAGCCUGAGGAUGAGGAUGUGCAUGUGGGCUAUGAUAAGACCAAAUCGUUCUUUGACAACAUCUCAUGCGAGGCUGCUCAGGAUCGCAGCAAGAACAAGAAGAAUGACUGGCGUCAGGAGCGCAAAUUGAAUACCGAGACAUUUGGAGCUUCGUCUACCAGACGUGGCAGCUACCGAGGGCGCAACCAUUACUAUAAUAAUGGCAACACGAUGGGUGGAGGUGCAGGUAACAGCGGCAUGAACACUGGCUAUGGAGGAGCACCUGGCUAUAAUCGCAACAAUUAUAAUCGCAUGGGAGGUGGCGGCAACUUCCGCAACCGCAGCAACAAUCGUAACAAUACUGGCGGUAAUCGCGGUCAAAAUAGUGUAACCAAUGGCAAUGGUAACGCAGCUGCUGCUCUUAAAGCGGCCAACAAUGCAGGAGCUACAGGUACGGGCAGUAAUACGGAUACCACGGCAUCCAAUGCCGCAACAACGAAGACGGCCACAUCUACGCUUACGGAGCAGACGCAACAACUGGCGGCAGUUUCUCAAUAAUGUCGCACAGGUGGAAUUUCCUUGCCCAACUUUACAAGAUAUAAAAACACUGUCCUACUCAAAGCUAGUUACCCGAAAGCAACCUAAUCAAGCAACCGACCGACCGAUCGACGACAAAAAAGGCUCUUAUCACCAACAAAAUGUUAUGGAGUUAUGGAUCUUAACGGAAUAAACCGAAUAAUUGUAAAAUUUUACUUAGUGUUGUAACGCUCAUGACGUCCUGCGCGCACUCUCCGCCCGCCCACCGUGUUGCUUUGCUUUUCAUCAGAUCGAAAGCGUUAAGCGUUUCCCAGCAGCCAUAAAUGAUAAUAGGUUUUAUGUAAAUGGCAUGCAAAAUAACGUCGUACCUAGCAAGGCAGCACUUGAUAGUGAGAACAUACACACCUCUACAUAUAUAUUUAGUAAUAAAUGUGAAGAAAAAUAUAUUAAUCAUAAGUCUAUGAAAAGUUAAAGAAAAACAAACUCUAGGAGUCGCAAAUUAUGAAAUUAAAGGAAAGAAAACAUUAAAAAAAAAUCCAUGGAAUUCCCAACAUAAAAUAAAAAACGCAAUUCACAUGUUUAUAUAUUUUAAAUCAAGCUACAGUCUACAUCAAACAACAAAACUAUACAUCAUGUGAGCAUACGACAUAAAUAAAUUAAUUCAAAGCGUUACUAGCAUUUAAACUUUUUUAAGAACAUUUUAAUGAUGGAAAAAAAUGGAAUUACAUGCAUUAAUUAAAAUUAGAAGCAGCACGUACAUAUAUUGAACCCAAAAAUUGUAAAAAAAAAAAGAAAGAAAUAUAUAUAUAUAAAUCACCUAUCAGCAGUAGUGUGGGCAACAAAUAAAUCUACCUAAAACUGGUGUUUAUAAAAACGAGAACAACAAUUAUAGCGUGUCUUUAAGAGGAUUAGUUCAAUUCCCGAUCAAUUUCAGUGUCUAUAGCCAAACAAUCUAACAAUACCUUAGUAUGUAGUGUGUCUUUCAAAAUGGGAGCUAAAAUAUAUAUUUUUAAAUAUGCUACGGCCUUUAAAUUACCAUUUACAAUUUACAAAUGCAUAAUAUUCUAUGUUUCCAGUAAUGCACAAUAAUAUUUGUCUCAUUCGAUUACCACACUUUUAGUUUAAGGCUAUCAUCAAAUGUCAGCUAUGCAUUGUGUAUGUUUGCUUAAGAUUCCUAUAUUUGAUCUUAUUUUAGAGAAAACUAUCUUUUUAAAAGCUAACAUUUUAUUUAACAUGUGUAAUGAUUUACUGGAAUUUAACAGAGAUUUUACGAGUAUUCAAGGAUUGUACAUCAAACAUAUUUUUUUUUGUAAAUGUUUCGUAUAAUUAAGCCAUCAAAUGCAUAUUAAAAUCAGAGAUAAAAUUAUGGAAUUUCUUUUACGACUCUUAAAACUAAAUGGAAUGGGCUUUAGAGUUGCGUUAAAUACUUAAAAGCAGAGGGAGAUUUACUUCUAUGUUGAGCACAAAUAAUGUAUGAAAUUGUAAUAAAUAUGUAUAUUUCGCUAAUAAGUAAAACAAAAAACAACCAAAAUCAAAGUCAUAUUUUCCAAUAGAUACAAUGUUUAUGCA